AUGGACAAUGAAAACACCAUGAUGUUGACCAUUCUUUUGACACUAGCGAGCGUAGAAUAUGCACGUACCGAACUGGUGGGAGGAAUCCUGCUUCCUCAUGGAGACUUUGCUUAUGAUCCUACUUUCUUUCGACCAAACAUCGACAAAAGAGUUGCAGCCAAUCGCAUCGCCACAGCAUCUCGAGAAGCUGGAAAGUGGUUGGUCGAUAUCGUGAGGCCAGAAAUCAUCAUCUUGUCGACACCUCAUGGUAUCAAAUUGGAUAAUGACUUUGGCAUCUACAUGAAUGACAAAGGGGCUGGUUUUGCAACCAUUGGAGGUGAUGUAAUAGGAAAUUCGACAUACAAGAAAGAGUACAACGUGAGCAUGGACAUUGAAAUGGAUCUUGAGCUUUCCAAGGAUCUACUCUCAUCACUGAAUGACAAGAAUGUGUCUGGAAUUUACAGCUUUUCUGAAGCCACUCCUAUAAUAUUGAACUGGGGUGAAAUAAUUCCCCUGUUGCUUCUUCCAGAAGGUCAGAAACCCUACAAACAUAUCAUUUGGUCUCACCCAGAACGAAGAUACGACCAUGCGACAGAAAUGGUCCCAGAGCUUCUUGAAAUAGGACAAGAAUUGGCAAAUUGGAUCGAAAGCCGAUCUGAAAGAAUUGCUGUUAUCAUCUCGGGGGAUUUGUCACAUACCCACCAACCUGACGGUCCUUAUGGUUACUCCAAUGCUAGCUCAAUAUUUGACAAGGCAUUGGAAAGGUGGGCAUCGCAGCCGUACUUGAACGCUAAUGCAUUAUUGGAAACCGCAAAGGGUUUACAGCUGAAAGCCAUGUCUUGUGGCUUCACAGGUUACAUCAUGUGGCACGGUAUGCUGUCCGCAAAAUCAAUCUCAACUUCCGUGGUAUAUGCUAAUUUGAAUGUAACAUACUAUGGGAUGAUGGCGGCAGCCUUUGGGUUUGGUGUGGGCUUUGAACCUACCAUGAGUCACCUUUAG